AUGGCCGAACAAGAAGCCAGUGGGCUGCAGCUCCUGCUGCACACACUUCAGCUGCCUGUGUUCUCAUUGCAGAGCUCCUGUGACAGGGAGUCCACCCUGACCAUUCUCAAGGUCCUUGGAGAUCUGCUUUCUGUUGGCACAGACCGGAGGAUUCACUACAUGAUCAGCAAAGGUGGCAGUGAGGCCCUUCUACAGACCCUGGUGAACACAGCAAGGACCGCUUCUCCAGACUAUGACAUCCUCCUGCCUCUCUUCCGGCUUCUAGCCAGAGUUGGCCUAAGAGAUAAAAAGAUUGGACAGAAGGCCCUGGAAUUGGAAGCACUUGAUGUGACAUUGAUUCUGGCCAGGAAAAACCUGUCGCACAGCCAGAACCUCCUCCACUGUCUCUGGGCUCUGCGUGUGUUUGCCUCCAGUGUCUCGAUGGGAGCCAUGCUGGGAAUUAAUGGAGCCAUGGAACUACUUUUCAAGGUCAUUACUCCAUAUACCCAAAAGCACACCCGAACAAUCAG